AUGGCCGCUGCGCCCUUGACACUCAAAGUAGUAAGAACAAUCAGAGGGGUCAGCUCGGGCACAACUCUGGCCACCGCCCUGGCCACCUCCUUGACCACCAUUCCAACUUCCUCCACCCUGAUUCCCUCCCCCACCUUGACCAUAUCUACCACCUCCUUGACCGCCUCCUUGACCGCCACCUUGACCACCCCAACUACCUCCUCCUUGACCGCCCCAACUACCACCUCCUUGUCCGCCUCCUUGACCACCCCAACUUCCACCUCCUUGACCGCCUCCUUGUCCGCUGCCUUGACCGCCUCCUUGUCCGCUGCCUUGACCGCCUCCUUGACCACCCCAACUUCCACCUCCGUGACCGCCUCCUUGUUCGCUGCCUUGACCGCCUCCUUGUCCGCUGCCUUUACCACCUCCUUGACCACCCCAACUUCCACCUCCUUGACCGCCACCUUGUCCACCCCAACUUCCACCUCCUUGACCGCCUCCUUGUCCGCUGCCUUGACUGCCUCCUUGGCCACCUCCUUGGCCACCUCCUUGACCACCUCCUUCCACCUCCUUGUCCACCCCAACUUCCACCUCCUUGGCCGCCUCCUUGGGCUUCCACCUCCUUCCACCUCCUUGACCGCUCCAACUUCCGCCUCCUUGGCCGCCUCCUUGACCACCCCAACUUCCACCUCCUUGACCGCCUCCUUGUCCACCUCCUUGACCACCUCCUUGACCACCCCAACUUCCACCUCCUUGACCGCCUCCUUGACCACCCCAACUUCCGCUUCCUUUACCACCUCCUCCUUCCUUUACCACCUCCUUGACCACUCCAACUUCCACUUCCUUGACCACCUCCUUGUCCCCCCCAACUUCCGCCUCCUUGACCACCUCCAUGACUACCCCAACUUCCACCUCCUUGACCACCUCCUUGUCCGCUUCCACCUCCUUGACCACCUCCUUGACCACCUCCUUGGCCGCCCCAACUUCCGCCUCCUUGACCACCCCUCCUUCCACCUCCUUGACCGCUCCAACUUCCGCCUCCUUGACCGCUCCAACUUCCGCCUCCCUGACCGCUUCCUUGUCCGCUUCCUUUACCACCUCCUUGACCGCCCCAACUUCCACCACUUUGACCACCCCAACUUCCACCACCUUGACCGCCUCCUUGACCACCCCAACUUCCACCUCCUUGACCGCCUCCUUGUCCGCUUCCUUGACCGCUUCCUUUACCACCUCCUUGACCACCUAAAUUACUACCACCUUGACCAAAUCCCGGACCACCCCAAUUUCCACCAUCCUGAGGUCUUCCUUGUCCACCCCCGCUCUGACUUCCACCACUUUGACCACCACUCCAGCUACCUCCACCUUGGCUACCUCCUCCCUGACCGUAUGUUCCUCCACCAGUUUGGCCACCCGUUUGACCUCCACUCCAGCUACCGCCUCCUUGACCAUAUCUGCCACCUCCUCCGUGAUUACUCUGAAAAUAAAUUAACAACCAUAUCCAAAAAUGAUCCACACAAUUAA